CUUCCCGCCGCCCCGCCGCAGCGCCUCACCAAGCACACCAAGUUCGUGCGCGACAUGAUCCGCGAGGUGUGCGGCUUCGCCCCCUACGAGCGGCGCGCCAUGGAGCUGCUCAAGGUGUCCAAGGACAAGCGCGCGCUCAAGUUCAUCAAGAAGCGGGUGGGCACGCACAUCCGCGCCAAGAGGAAGCGCGAGGAGCUGAGCAACGUGCUGGCCGCCAUGCGCAAGGGGGCCGCCAAGGAUGCUCUGUCCUCCGUCCGCGCCGCCCACCUCCCUCCCGGCCCCAGCAGCACGCAGGCCCGUCUGCAAAUGGGUUUAAUCACAAUUAAAUAG